GAAGAGCGGUUGCCAUCGCCAGCCACAGCAGCCGCGGCUACUAUAAUGGUGGGAGAGACAAACUAGAGAGAGAAAGAAACCACCACCGCCCCAAGAAGAGAGAGAGAGGACGCGACGGUUGCCAGGAGGAGGCAGCCAACGGCGCUCGAGGCAAGAAACGACGCGGCCAUGGUGGGCUUGCCUUGGGAGUCGUGACGCGCUGUGUUUGCUGCCGUUGAGAGAUGAAGGUAGUAUCCAAGAAGCAUCAUCAGCAAGGAGGAGGGACGACGACGAUGGAGGAGGGCGCCAUGGACGGCGCUGGCGGAGGAGUGGCGGAGGAAGGGUGCUCCGGGGAGGAGAGGGAGGGAGUCGCCGACGUCGCUGUUGGCGGCGGCGGCGGCGAGGGGGAGCGGGAGGGGAGGACGCUGGUGGUGGGCGUGCGGGCGGACGCCGCGAGCCGGACGCUGCUCACGUGGACGUUCAUCAAUGUCGCCGCCCCCGGCGACCGCAUCGUCGCCGUCCACGUCGUGCUCGCCUCCGCGCCCGUGGCCGCCGCCACCACCGCCGUCGACUUCGACACCAUGCUCGCCGUCUACGAGGGCUUCUGCAAUCUCAAGCAGAUCAAUCUAAAGCUCAAGAUUUGCAAGGACUCCUCGGUCCGCAAGGCGCUAGUUCGUGAGGCCAACCUGUUUGGGGCAUCCAAGGUUAUCGUCGGCAUCGCCAAGAAGAAGCGCGGGAUUUCGUCCCUGCACUCCGUCGCCAAAUACUGCUCCAAGAAGCUGCCGGCCAAGUGCGCGGUGCUCGCCGUGGACAGCGGCAAGAUCGUGUUCAGGAGAGAAUCCAAUGUCCACUCAGGCAAGGUCUCCGCGGAGAUUCCUGGAUGUGGUGAUAAUGAGUUGUAUUGCGAGGUGCCGUUCCUAGCCCGUCAGUGUAAAGAGGAACCUUUACCUUUACAUGAACCACCCAGAGAUGGUGGUGGUAGUGCGGGCGAGGAAGAAGAAGAGCACGAUGUUGGCACAAAGGAGACCGAGCCGGUGAAUGCCGUCUCCGGUGAACAGCAGCCUUCCGGUGUGGAUCCUGCUGAGUUGUCUCCGGAUCAGGUUCAGGGUGAUGUUGAUCCAUCUGACAAGGGUGAAGAGUCGACUGCCGACCAGAAAGAUGAGAUUUCUGAGCUUCCGGGUGAGGGUGCUAGUGUUUUGUACUGUGUGUUACCAGAGAGGAAUGGCCAUUCAGCUGCAAGCACGUCCAGUCGGCAAUCCAAUGAUUCGACCGAGCCACCGACUGAAGGGAAUGGGGAGCUGUACUGUAUUUUGCCCCCAAGAAAUGAUCAUUCAGGCAGGAGUAGCGGUGAUUCUAGCCGUUCAACUGCGAGUCGGAAACACGAUGAUUCUGCCAGUCUGUCUGCUGAAGGAGAUGGUGAACUGUACUGCCGAUUGCCAAGGACUGGCCAUUCAGGUAGAAGUUCUGGGGGAUCAAAGCGUUCCUUCGGUGCAAAAGGUUUGAUUAGGCGCAGCAGUAGUUUCUCCAGUGAUAUUCAAAAGGAUGUCUCAGUUUGCACGACUACAACUGAACAGACUUCGUCCAUGGUAUCUACAGAAGCUGAGGAUUCACCAAAGAACGCUGCACGUGAUGUCGAUACACCCUCCAGCUCUCCAAUGUCUCUAAGAAGGAUGAUAGAGGGAAGGCCCGACCGCUGUCGACUUCGAAGGAGGAUCUUCAAUCAUCAAAGAAGCUCAUCUUUUGAAUGGGCCAAAAUUUCCAUGGUUCAGUGGGCAAUGAGGCUUCCAAGCCGUUAUACUUCAGUUGCAGACAACAAAUCAUUUAAAUCAGAUGCAAGUCCAAGGUUGAAUUGUGAUUCCGAAUGUGAAUCCACUUCAGCUGUUGACACAGAAUCUAUGUUUUCGUUCUCUUUAUAUGAUAUAUCAUGGCCUCCAAAUGAAGUGGAAUCGCUUCAAGAGAAGUACUCUUCAACGUGUAGGCUGUUUACCUAUGAAGAGCUGAAACUUGCUACGUCAAACUUCUCACCAGAUAUGUUAAUUGGAAAGGGAGGAACAAGCCAAGUUUACAAGGCACAACUAUUUGAUGGCACAUUAUCAGCUGUAAAGAUUCUGAAACCUUCAGUUGAUGCAAUACAAGAGUUUGUUACAGAGGUGGAGAUUGCAACCAGCUUGCAACAUGACAAUAUUGUUUCACUAAGAGGAUUCAGUUCUGAUAACUACAGUCUUGUGUUGGUAUAUGAUUACAUGCUCCAGGGAAGCUUAGACAAAGCACUUCAUGGCAAGCAUGACAGCAAGGAUAGCCUUAGCUGGGAGAAGAGAAACAAAAUAGCAAUUGGCAUAGCAAAGGCACUUGAAUAUCUACAUCAUGGAAGUGUCACCCAAUCUGUGAUUCAUGGAGAUGUUAAGUCUUCGAAUAUCCUCCUCUCAGAGGAUUUUCAGGCACAGCUUUGUGAUUUUGGGUUGGCAAAGCAAGUCUCAGCUUCAACCCCCCACCUAACAUGUACUGACAUCACGGGAACGUUUGGAUACUUGGCUCCCGAGUAUUUUUCGCACGGGAAGGUCAAUGAGAAGAUUGAUGUCUAUGCAUUUGGAGUUGUAAUUCUGGAGAUUAUUUCAGGAAGAAGACCUAUUAGAACAGGAUGUUCAAAGGGUCAGGAAAGCCUAGUUGGAUGGGCAAAGCCAUUACUAUCAAGUGGGGAAAUUAAACAAUUGGUUGAUCCAUUCUUGGGAAAUGAUUAUGACUGUGAUGAAAUGGAGAGGAUGACUCUCGCAGCUUCGCUGUGCACAAGGACAUCUUCUCAUUCCCGACCCGAAAUGUCACAGAUGUUGAAACUGCUUGAAGGAGACGACGAGACGAUCCACUGGGCAAGAACCCAGGUCACCGCGAGCUUCGACGGAUCGGACGAGGAGGCUGUGGCGGCUCCUGACUCAAACAUGCAGUCACACCUGAACCUCGCGUUGCUGGGCGUGGAGGAUGACACCCUCUCGCACUGCAGCACUGAACAGACCAUGGACACUUCAGCUGACGGGUACUGGAGCCGGUCAUCGAGCUUCGACUAACCUCCUGCUUUUUUCUUAACCACCAUUUGUUCUGAUUUUGAGCCAUGUGAAUGGGGAGCUGUGUGUAUAGAGUCUCUCAAUUCUCAUAACUUUGCUGCUGCUGUUGUGUCGAUUGGUUGGAAUGGUGAAUGCAAAUUGAAAGGAAGUGGAUGAUAUGCACAUUCGGAUGGCAGAUGUAGUAGCUUAGGAAUUGUGGUAGAUCUAACCCUGCUGGCCUUUGGCCCUACUUGGUAGGAGUAUGUAUCACUGAUGGGCUUCAUGGUGCAUCAAGAUUUGAUUCUUUUCCAA